CGCUGCUACACAGCCUCCUGUGGAUGGCGACCGAGCAGCAGAAGACUGGCUGAAUCCUCCGCAUCCAGCUACAGUCGAUUUCUUCGCCUGGCAACCACGCAGUACUGCCACCUCAGCAGCUUUGCCUUGCCUACAAAUACCGCUUCCGUUCUGGGGCCAUUCGGGGCAUGCCGCUGCGACGAACGAGGUCAUGAAACCGCUCCUUUUUGCGCAGAGAAAGAAGACGACUCAUUUUUCGUCUGUGAUGUCAGAGACAUCGUUCAGAAGGUGGAACUCUGGCGCCAGAACUUACCACGCGUGACGCCUUUUUACGCAAUCAAAACAAAUACAGACCCCGUCCUUGUGGCUGUGCUAGCUUCUCUUGGAGUGAAUUUUGAUUGCUCGAACACGAUCUGCGAGUGCAUCCAGCGGUCAAUCGACGAACACUUUCCGGAAACAAGUGGAGUUCAGAUCAUCGCGGAGCCGGGCCAGUUCUUCUGCACAUCUGCUUACUUCCUCGUUCUGAGGGUCAUUGGCAAGAGACGCAGUGACGUAGUAAUCGACGGGGUUUCUCAUCGACAUCAGGACGUCUUUCUCAAUGAGAGCAAGAACAACUGUAUUCCUCCAUUCUGCGACUACCUAGACGUGAAGAUAAUGCCGUUUGAGGAGCCACGGGAGAGGCCCAUGGAUGUGUUAACCACACUUUGGGGUGGUACGUGCAACCCCCUAGACCGCAUCGAUGAUAUGAAGCUGUUCUUUGACGUAAAGGUCGACGAGUGGCUCGUGAUGGACAACAUGGGCGCCUACACGUUGAGCUUUGUGAGCGGCUUCAACGGAAUUGGAUUUCCCCCUGUUCACUACAUAGCAGCACCUUCGACCAUAAACCUCGUUAAAGAAACAGUUCAACGUUCUCCCAUACGCAGUGGCUACCACCAGCCAAAAGAAGCUCUCAAGAUGAGGCCUCUCUUGGACAAACCAGAACUUGGGUAGGGGAAUUACUGUACAAUCAUGUGACGUCAAGGUGUUUCCAGCAGUCACCCGCACGAACUUCGUUACAAUACAUGCAGCACUAAAACUGAUCAGAUCGCGACACCCACUUCAUUUUACUUGAUGUACUAAUAGCAGACUGAAGCUCUCGUUAUGUUCCAUAUGUUCCACGUCAUCAAGAAAAACAUUUUUGUCGGCGAAGUAGGUUCAGGCAAGCCUUGCAAACAAGGACGUCGCUCCUAUCUCGUGUCUCGCAACGUUCGCUUCUUUAUUUAGUGGCAUGAUGCCACACUUUGUUUAUAUAAUAGAACACCAUUAAAGGAAACCUAAAGAGCCCGGAUAAUUAUGUUCGGUUUGACAGGACCUUUGUUUACAGAGAAAGACGUGCAGAGGUGAAGCAUUUUAUAUAGUAUAUCCUCCGAACACUGUUACAUAUGGUAAGCAUAAAGACGUGAAUGUAGCAGCUAGUUUGUGUCGUGGUUCUGGCGUGGUCUACGGCUAACGGAUCGACAAGACUUCGCUAGUUAGAUUUCAAGGUGGCGCCGGUGAUGUAUCAAAACAAAAACACAGCUCCUGCUGCUGAAGUAGUUGGUCUAAUGACACGCAGUCGUGCUACUUAGUAGGUCCCGAUAGUCCAAGUUAUCGAACGGCACGCUUUAAGGCGUUCAGUUUCGGUUGUUUUACACGCCAGCGUACAUCUCCCAUCUGUGAAAUGGGCGACAUUAUGUGUUAUUGCACUUGAGGGGCGAUCCCACCGUUAGCAACCAGUUUGUUGCGUUUGUAGGCGAUCCCUCCAUUAGCAACCAGUUUCUUGCGUACUCCAGGGUAGCGUACCGUACUGCUGCCGAGAAGUAGCGACGCCUGCCUAACGAAGCUCGACCGACAUUACUUAUUCAG